GAUGGAUUCUGCAAUGUGCAGGGCUGUGGGCGCCGGAAGAUGCCAGUAAAUUGACCUCGCUGCUAUACAAAUGUUACGCCGUCUUCGUGUUUUGCUUUGUUAACAUUUACUUCACGCUGACCGAGAUGUACAGUUUCUUUGAGACUUAUCAUCAUCUAGAUCUGUUCAUAAAAAACUUGAAUUUCGCAUUGACCCAUCUGAUGGGGGCCAUAAAGUGUGCGUUCUGGUUCCGCAGAGGGUCGUAUCUCAUUGCGAUCAUCAGGACCUUGGAGCAGCCGCGUUUUCAAUACGUGCAGAGCGAGACCUUCAAUCCGGGAAAGAUCAGCGUCGAUGCAAAGCGCAGGGGAUUCAAGUACACCAUGGCUUUCUUCCUACUGGCGCAUAUGACACUCUCAUCGUCCUACAUUCCCAGCGGGUUGAUGGCCGUCUUCCGCCCCACAUACGUCCUGGAUACCCACGGGAACGCUACUUUUGUCCAGCAACUUCCUUACUUCAGUUGGAUACCCUUCAAGCAUGAUACUCCCACCACCUACAUCUUCGCUUUGGUAUACCAGGCUGGUCCUAUGGUCUCGUACGCUUAUAGCAUAGUUGGCAUGGACACCCUCUUCAUGAACAUCAUGAAUUACCUUGCUUGCCACCUGCAGAUCCUGUCCGGAGCAUUCGCCACGGUCGUGCAACGCUCAAAACAGCAACCGGAGCGAGAAUUGAAGAAGUGUAUCGUCCACCUUCAAACGGUCAUUAGGAUGUGCGAGAAACUAGAGGACGUCCACAAAUAUCUGACGUUGGGUCAGGUGAUGGCGACGCUCUUCAUACUCUGCACCAGUUUGUUCUUAGUAUCUACGACGCCUGUAGCGAGUAAACAAUUCGCCGCAGAAUCUGUAUACAUGAUCGCCAUGGGUUUUCAGCUAGUGCUCUACUGUUGGUUCGGGAAUCAGGUCACUUUGGGGGCUUCUGAAAUUCCAAUGGCGCUGUGGAAGUGCGACUGGUUGUCGACCACGAAAUCGUUCAAAGCAUGCAUGCUUAUCACGAUGAUCAGAAUGAAAAAACCCAUCUACCUGACGGUCGGUAAAUUUGCUCCGCUCACCCUGGCCACAUACGUCGCCAUAUUGAAAGGUUCCUAUUCAUUCUUCGCCGUUUUGAAAAAGGCCAACGACUGAGGAGGAAAUGUGAUACAUUAUGUAGGGAGAUUAGAG